AUGCCUCUCAAAGACAACCGCGCCGCCCGCAUCCUAGACCACGCCGCAGCCAACGGCUACGGCGUCCCAGGAAUGUGCUGCUACAAUGUGGAGGGAAUCCUAGCAACGGUACGAGCAGCCGAAGCCAAGCGCUCACCGGCGAUGAUCCUCCUCUUCCCCUGGGCCGUGCACUACGCCGACGGGAUCCUCGUGCACGCCGCAGCCGAGGCGGCCCAAAAGGCAUCUGUCCCCGUAACCGUGCACAUGGACCACGCACAAACACCAGAGAUCAUCCGGCGCGCCGCCGAUCUGGGCGGCUUCGACAGCAUCAUGGUGGACAUGUCGCACUAUGAGAAGGCUGAGAACCUGGCGCUGACGCGCGAGCUGGUCGCGUACUGCCACGCGCGCGGCAUCGCGACGGAAGCCGAGCCCGGACGCAUCGAGGGCGGCGAGGACGGCGUCGCGGAUACGGCUGACCUGGAGGGCCUGCUUACCACACCUGAGGAGAGCCAUGAGUUUGUGGAUACGGGGAUUGAUUGGCUGGCGCCGGCUUUUGGGAAUGUUCAUGGCGAGUAUGGGCCUCGCGGUAUUCAGCUUGAGUAUGAGCGGCUGCAGUCGAUCAAUCGGGCUGUGGGAGACAAGGUGCGAAUUGUGCUGCAUGGGGCUGAUCCCUUUACGACGGAGAUCUUUCAGAAGUGCAUUCAGAGCGGCGUGUCCAAGAUCAAUAUUAACAAGGUCUUGAAUAAUGAGUUCGUCAAGGUGCAACAGGAGAGGGCCGGGAAGGCGCCUUUGACUACGGUUAUUGAGGAGGCUACUGAUGCUAUGCAGAAGGCUGUUGAGCGGUGCAUAGAUAUGUUGGGUUCGGGCGGGAGAUACCCAUGA